AGGACGGGGACGGGGCCGCCCCCCCCCGGUAGGCACUGGAGCGGCUUUCUUCUUCCCCCCGCAGCGCCCCGGGAUGUUACCGGGCAGCCGCCUGGCGCCUCAGGGCCCCUCCAUGGGGCCGCCCGGGUACGGCGGAAGCCCGGCGGUGCGGCCCGGCAUGGCGCAGGCCGGCCUGGACCAGGCCCGCAAGAGGCCCGCGCCGCAGCAGCUACAGCAGGUGCAGCCCCAGGCAGUGCCCAACCGCAACCACAAUGCUAAAAAGAAGAAGAUGGCAGACAAAAUUCUACCUCAGAGGAUUCGUGAACUUGUGCCUGAGUCUCAAGCUUAUAUGGACCUGUUGGCCUUUGAAAGGAAAUUGGACCAGACGAUCAUGAGGAAACGCUUGGAUAUCCAGGAGGCUUUGAAACGACCCAUUAAGCAAAAGCGAAAGCUACGUAUUUUUAUCUCCAAUACCUUCAAUCCAGCCAAGUCGGAUGCAGAGGAUGGCGAAGGAACUGUGGCCUCCUGGGAGCUUCGAGUGGAAGGACGGCUGCUAGAAGAUUCUGCUUUGUCCAAAUACGAUGCCACCAAACAGAAAAGAAAGUUCUCAUCCUUCUUUAAAUCUCUGGUCAUUGAACUUGAUAAAGACCUCUAUGGCCCUGACAAUCACCUGGUAGAGUGGCACAGAACUGCUACAACUCAGGAGACGGAUGGCUUCCAGGUGAAGAGGCCAGGAGAUGUCAACGUGCGCUGCACUGUCCUUCUGAUGCUCGAUUACCAGCCUCCCCAGUUCAAACUGGAUCCCCGCUUGGCUCGGCUCCUGGGGAUCCACACUCAGACUCGCCCAGUGAUCAUCCAGGCUUUGUGGCAAUAUAUCAAGACCCACAAGCUCCAGGACCCCCACGAGCGGGAGUAUGUCAUUUGUGACAAAUACCUCCAGCAGAUAUUUGAAUCUCAGCGGAUGAAGUUCUCUGAAAUUCCACAAAGGCUUCAUGCACUGCUUAUGCCCCCCGAACCGAUCAUCAUUAAUCACGUGAUCAGUGUUGAUCCUAAUGACCAGAAGAAAACAGCCUGCUAUGACAUUGAUGUGGAGGUGGAUGACACCUUGAAGACUCAGAUGAAUUCAUUCCUGCUAUCAACUGCCAGUCAGCAGGAAAUUGCUGCUCUGGAUAACAAGAUCCAUGAAACAAUAGAGACAAUUAACCAGCUGAAGACCCAGCGUGAGUUCAUGCUGAGCUUUGCCCGAGAUCCUCAGGGCUUCAUCAAUGACUGGCUCCAGUCCCAGUGCCGGGACUUGAAGACGAUGACUGAUGUUGUUGGGAAUCCUGAAGAGGAGCGUAGAGCCGAGUUCUACUUCCAGCCAUGGGCUCAGGAAGCUGUGUGCAGAUACUUCUACUCCAAGGUCCAGCAAAGACGGCAGGAGCUAGAGCAGGCCCUGGGAAUCCGCAACACAUAGGCCCUCAUCUCCUCCCCAACCAGAAGGCGUCACAGCUGCUUGUGGAGACAGGGUGCUGCAGAGCACGCGGUUAAGGCUCACGUCACCACGCUGUGGUGCUGAGGCCUGCACCGUCAUCCAUCCUGGCAUUGUCCCUGCUGGGGCAGCUCUAGGACACCUGGGGUCUUCUGGGGUGUGGCAAGCAGAGAGGCUCCAACGAGUACACACUUCUA